CGAGCCGUAGCGCAGCUCGAGGGGGCGGGGUUAAAGCCCGGAUGCGGAAGUGCUCACUUACUUCCGGUCUCUGCGUUAGAGACAGCUGGUUGCUGUUGGAGCGCUCUGAGCCCGGCCUGGAACCAUGCCUCGCAAGAUUGAGGAGAUUAAAGACUUUCUGCUGACGGCCAGGAGGAAGGAUGCAAAGUCGGUCAAGAUCAAGAAGAACAAGGACAAUGUGAAGUUCAAGGUGCGCUGCAGCCGGUACCUGUACACCCUGGUCAUCACGGACAAGGAGAAGGCCGAGAAGCUGAAGCAGUCCCUGCCCCCAGGUCUGGCCGUGAAGGAGCUGAAAUGAGCUGCUCGUGUCGGUUUCUCCACCUUUGUUAUAAUAAAUAAAAUCCCAAACUGUU